UUUAUCAGCUGAGUGGAAUACAUUCAAGAAAGAGGGCGGGUAAUAUUCACGGCACUUUCGACUUCAGGCUGUUUCCCAUAGGGCACAAAGCUUCUGGACUUGUAUAUUCCUAGUAACAAGUAAACAGCGGCGAUAUUCUCCUCGCAACACAAUACUGGACAGCUAAUCUUUAAGCUCACUUUCUGCUGCGGCUGGUUUCUGUGUUGUAGUCCGCGUUCACUAUCCCGUGGAAUCCAAAUUAGGAUCCGAUAAGAGUUAGCGAAGCGCUCAUUUUUUUCACGCUUAAGAGUCGUCGUUGUUGCGAUGUUUUUCUACGUGUACAUUUGUGUUGUCGCGAAUUCCAUCCGGUCUGUAAAACAAACUGAUCUGCCGGCUCGUUGAUGUUAACUGUUACUUUGUUGAGGGGGCGAACCGGUCUCGGCUGCUCUCCCUUUGUUUGGGCUCAGGACUCGGCUGAAUCCACUGGGCUUCCGUUUCAAACAUCUCAUUCGACCGCGAACACAAUUCUAGGAUGGCUCCACAAAAGCACGGCUCUGGUGGAAAUGGUUUUUAUUCUAACAGCACGAGUAAAGCUGCAAAUGGAGGAGCGCACGUAUCGUCCGGAGUUGUGAUGCCUUCAGUGAAGCGACCCAAGAUGGAGCAGAUCCAAGCCGACCAAGAACUCUUCCUGCAGGCGUUCGAGAAACCAACUCAAAUAUAUAGAUUUCUUCGCACAAGGAAUCUCAUAGCACCAAUCUUCCUGCACAGAUCUCUUACAUAUAUGGCCCACAGAAACUCGAGAACAAAUUCAAAAAGAAAGUGCUUUAGAGUGAACGAUCUGCUAGAGAAGUCAAAAGUGGACCAGGAAUCUCACAAUAUGGCUUCAAACCUGCAGCUCACUUUCACUGGAUUCUUCCAUAAAACUGAGAAGCCAUUGCAGAACUCAGAGAAUGACGAAAACUCAGUGUCUGUAGAAGUGCUACUCGUCAAGGUCUGCCACAAGAAGAGAAAGGAUGUAAGUUGCCCAGUGAAGCAAGUGCCUACAGGUAAAAAGCAGGUGCCUCUGAACCCCGACAUCAGUCAGACCAAGAUGGGAGCUUUUCCCACACUGGUAGUGCCCAGCCAUGAGUUCGAACCCAGUAACAGCCACAUGGUGAAGUCCUACUCCCUUCUGUUCAGAGUGUCACGUCCAGGUGGGAGAGAGCUCAACGGCAUGACCACCAGAGACUCCAAUGUUAUUGAAGAGAUGUCUAACAGGAAGAAGAGAUACUGCUCUCAUCAGGAUGAUGGAGAAACUACCUUUGUGGCACAAAUGACAGUUUUUGAUAAAAAUAGACGCCUCCAGCUUUUGGAUGGCGAGUAUGAAGUCUCCAUGCAGGAGAUGGAGGAGAGUCCUGUAGGCAAGAAAAGGGCAACGUGGGAAACCAUACGAGAUGGGAAGUGGCUUCCACCCUUCGAGACCUUUUCUCAGGGACCCACACUGCAGUUCACUUUGCGAUGGACCAAUGACACUGCUGACAGAGGAACGGCACCAGUGGCCAAACCACUUGCCACACGCAAUUCUGAAUCCAGCACAGUAGACAGCAGCAAGCCUAGUAAUGUAAAGCCGCCACAAGCAGUAGCUGUGAAUGAUUCAGUUGGCACUGAUCUACCUGUAAGAAGAGAACAAACUCAUGUUGAACCUCGUCAGAAACUACGUGUUUAUUAUCAGUUCCUCUACAACAAUAACACACGGCAGCAGACGGAGGCCAGAGAUGACCUGCACUGUCCGUGGUGCACGUUGAACUGCCGUAAACUCUACAGCCUCCUCAAGCACCUCAAGCUCUCGCACAGCCGCUUCAUCUUCAACUAUGUGCCUCAUCCUAAAGGAGCCAGGAUAGAUGUGUCAAUAAAUGAAUGCUAUGACGGCUCUUACGUGGGCAACCCUCAGGACAUCCACUGCCAGCCUGGCUUUGCCUUCAGCCGUAACGGCCCAGUGAAGAGGACUCCGGUUACACACUUCCUCGUCUGCAGGCCCAAGCGCUCAAAGCCCAGCCUCUCUGAGUUCCUGGAGCCCGAGGAUGGAGAACAGGAGCAGCCGCGGACCUGCAUCAGCGGCCACAACCGCCUGUACUUCCACAGCGACAGCUGUGUGCCACUUAGACCACAGGAAAUGGAAGUGGACAGUGAGGACGAGAGGGACCCGGAGUGGCUCCGGGAGAAGACUGCUAUGCAAAUCGAGGAGUUCACAGAUGUCAAUGAGGGAGAGAAAGAGGUCAUGAAACUCUGGAACCUGCAUGUAAUGAAACAUGGAUUCAUAGCUGACAACCAAAUGAAUCAUGCCUGCGUGUUAUUUGUGGAGGAGCACGCCACCACCAUCGUCGAGAAGAAUCUGUGCCAGAACACUCUGCUCCAUCUGGUCAGCAUGCACGACUUUGGCUUAGUGAAUACAGUGACUAUAGACAAGGCCAUGGCUCACCUGAGAGAUCUGAAACCGCACAAAGAUAGCCAGGAGCAAUCCAAAACGCAAGACAAUGCUGAUGGCGAAGUCAGUGUAUCAAAUUUAGUCGAGACCCAGAAUCCCUGAAACCACCUCCUCCUCACUCUGGAUUGAAUUAAGUGUCAGUGGGUGUCAAACGCCCCCCUGGAUGUGAGAACCACCACUUUCUGCACUCGCAGGGUUAAAGAUGAUGUCUAGUUAGGAACAGGUUGUGUGGGGAUUUGACCUGAUGUCAUCAGAGUUCAAAGCAACUCUAGAUUCAAAUUACUUGAAGAUGCUAUUAGAACUAUAAGUCAUUUCCGAUUUUUUUCUCUACUCACACAACCCCGUAGCUCUAGCAAGUUUUUAGCACUUGUUUUAGGUGCCUGUUUUUAAAAGGACUAUGAAAAUAAUUUUUUAAUAUAUUUUGAAUAUUGAUGAAUGGAAAUGGCUCCUACAAACUCGCUUUUAUUGCAUAUUUUUCACAGGGGUUGAGAAACUCCUUCUGAAAACUUGAACAUAUUAGUUUUGCUGGUGUAUAGUGUUGUUGUUAGUUUUUCAACAUUUCUGUUUGUGCCACCUCUAACAUUUUUUUUUCAUGAGAAUGUUUCUGGACCAAAGUUUUGUUGAGCUCUUUGUGGUGGCUAAAGUGAAAGUAUCCACAAUCAUUUUUCACCACACUUGAAGACUUCAAAUGACUUUUCUUUGGAAUCUCGGCCUGAAGAAUAACCAUCAGUGAUACACUGCUAUUUGUUUUAUUUUAUUUUAAGUUUGUCAAGUUUUUCAGAGCCUUUAUUCCACUGACCUUGCAACACAGAUAUAUACAGGUACAGGGUACUAAAAACAGUGGGAUGGGAUGCCUUGCAGAAAUGUUUACACUUGCCUUAUCCAUGGAAACAUGUACUCUAAGCAGGGUUUGAAUUUUUGGUGUAAAUUGUGGUGUGAACAGGUUUCUUUGAAUUUUCUUUGAAUUUCAGUGACAGUUUACUGCACACAAUACUGUGUCCAGUUCCACCUAUUAAUAUAUGUUAGUUUUCUCACAAUGCGUCUGCUCUGCUGUAUCUAUCAGUUUACUUUGGUUCCAUUUGUUCUUCAUGGUGCCCAUUUGUUUUAAUUCAGGUGUUUCUGUUGAAACCUGUUGUAAUAUGUACAUACAUUUAGUGGCAUGGCUUUGCUGAAGAUGAUUGCAUUCAAGAAAGAUUAUUUUAGACCAAAGUGAAAUGGCUACAAUGUUCGACUAGUUUUUUUCAACUCAGAAAUGCAAGUCUUCAUAGUUGUUUAUUUGUUGUAUGCAUCUGGUUUAAAGGAAAGGGAUCUGUUUGUAAAACACUGUUUCAUUUUGCUUAAACUGUGCACUGGUUUAAAAAAAUGUUUUUGGUCAAUAUUUGAGAUCAAUUACUUAACUGGCAGAAGCAGUUACGUAACUGAGUGCGUAACAGUCAAUACAGCAUCAAUUACACAAGAUGUGGAAUACUGAUAUGAAUUAAUGUCAAAAAAGAUAUUUAUAUCAAGAAUAUGAUAGGAACAAUUAUGAAACCUGUUUGAGUUUCUGAAUUAUGCUGAAACAAGUGCUUCAGGUUCUUUAUUUAAAAUAAAGAUUUUUUUGUUUUACAAUCGA